AUGUGGGACCCCACGAAAGCGCGGUGCGUGUGCGACGCCAGGUUCAGCGGCGACGCGUGCGAGCUGUGCUCGGCGGGGCACUACGGCCCGAGUUGUCUUCCGUGCCGCCGCUGUGUAAACAGGGGCGUGUGCGACGACGGCGUGAACGGGACAGGUGCCUGCCGGUGCCCCGAGCCGUUCAGCGGCGCGAACUGUGAGGUGCGGUGCGAGGGGCAGUUCGACUGCGGUCACUGCAACCGCGGUGGCGGGUACUGCGAGUGUGGGGUGUGCCGGUGCGAUGUGGCGUCGGGAUGGAGCGGGGCGGACUGCGACGUGUUUGGCGACCCCUGCUGGCGGCACUCGUUCGACGGUUGCAAGGUGUGCGGCAGGGACACGCGGAACGGUUGCGACUUCUGCUUCGACGGCAUGUGCCACUCCGCCCGCUUCCGCGGCACCCUGAGCGGGUAUGCGUGCUCGUACGCAGUGCCCUCCGACGACGCGGCUCGCUGCGUCCCGGUGGAGCAGGUGGGCGAGCGCCAGCUUGACGUGGGCUACAUCGCGGUGGGGGGUCUGUGCAUUGCCGCGGUUGUUCCUGCAGUGGCCCUGCUGGUGCUUGCACCCAUCGCGUUGCGGGCGCGGGGUGUGCACGACAUACUCCAUGCGGGUGCCGCCGGCGGUGCACCCGACCACAGACGCGGCCGCCGUCGGCGCGAGGUGGUGCAGGCCGUCUUCGUGCAGCCGGCAGCGCUCAGGGGUGGACGCAGGCACGUGCUCGGCGUUCCGCUGAGGCAGGUGCCGCUGGCGAAGCUGUACGAGAGCCAGCGGUCCGCCCUUUCGUAG